CCGAACGACAUAAACAUUCAUACAAACUGGUAUCGCUGUUCGUGUUUAACAAUGUGAAUAUUUUUGUGUCCAGGUAUUUUGAUGUGAAGACUACAUAUAGAUACUGGAUGGUUGUAUACGCCCAACAUUCCUACGAUAUAUGUGUAUUCCUACGUCUAUGGUGAGUGUGAACGCCCGACCGACAAAUUCGAUCCUGGAACGAUCUUGAACAGGACUUGUUAUUAUUGGUGAAAGCAUGAUUAAGAACACUCGUUCUCAAACGGCUGCUUGUUCAAGAACUCAUUCUGGGACACACAACGUCAACGCACGUUUACCUGGUGCAAGAGUGCAGCAGCCGAACAGUGCAAACAGACUUUCUCCGACACCGCCCUCGGCAGUUUCGCGACGAUUCCCAACGUCGAAAUCUCUUGAAAAGAACAAUCAGAAAUUGUUCAGUAGAUCAAAAUCUGCGCCACCAGGUCCACGUCAGCAUCACUCGAGCAGCGUUCUUGACAUUCGCGGGAAACUGUACGAGAACGGCAAGACAUUUGAUAUGAUGUCUCGUCUGAAAGGCAAAUCAUUUCCACGACGAAUUCAUCGUCUCAUCAACGAAACGCCUGAUAGUACUUCAGAAAACAGAAACGAUUGUAGCAACAUUUCGGUAAUUGAAGUAAAUUAUACCGAAAAUGCACUAUCAUCCGGUCAAAUUGCCCUAAAUAAUAAACAGCUUCUGGAAAGAAGACGAGGCCUUCACCGACAAAGAUCGACAAACAGGUCCGAGGCUCGUGCAAAGAUCAUGCUAACAUUCCAUCAUGUUCUUCUCGUUUGCCGUGUCAAACUGAUCAUGGCUAAGUAUUCAAUAGACCUAGUGCCAGCAACUAAAAAGCAAGUUUCGUGGAGCGAGAAGAGGCACACGAGAGAAGCUGCAGAAGUUUUGUUUAGCAAGUCCUUGUACCAGAGACAAGCAAUGAUAUAUUCUCACGUACCGAAAUGGGCUGAAGUGAUCUUAAGAAAAGCUCCUAGUGAGAGAACUGACAGAGAAAUUAUGCAAAUUCACUCGAUGAUGAAAGGACUGCUUGCAUAUGAUAAGUUUACCCGACGUAUUCAAAUUGCAAUGUGUCGUUCAAUGAGGUUUUUAAGGAUUAAGUAUCCACGUGUUAUUCUUCGUAAAGGGCACGUUGGACUUGCGUUCUACUUCAUUUUUACUGGUUCCGUUUUUAUCAAUAUUGAAGGACUUCAUGUUGAGACAAACGAGGUGGCUUUUAAAACUGUCAGUAUUCUACAGCGGGGCGACGCUUUCGGAGAAGUGGCAUUAUUACGAAACAUGCGACGUACUGCAUCUGUCGCAGUGAAAGAAGAUGUAGAGUUAAUGGUUGUCGACAAAUAUGUGUUUGGCAAAGUUUGUUCGGAAAUAUAUGAACGGGAAAUGAGAGAAAAAAUGGAAUUCUGUCGGGAUUUGCCUCUUUUUAAACAUUGGAGAGAGGAAGCCAUCAAACGUAUUUGCCAGGAUUCACAGAUACACGAGUAUAAAACAGAUAAAGUAAUUGUGCGAAGCAGUGCUGACGAAGAAGACUGGAUUUAUUUUUGUAUGGAGGGUCGAUGCAGCGUGAUUAAAGCCCUGGAGUUCAACGUGAAACCAAAGCAUUCUUCAAGUUUCGUAUCCCGUCGUUUAGAAGAAGAGGAUUGUGAUCGCGGCUGGUAUCUUUCGUUCGGCGUGACCGACUCGAAACACAGUCGGAAAAGAUCGUAUUCCACUGAAAUGGAAAUCAUGAGGGAACUACAGAUUUCGUUUGAACAAACUGACUUAAGAAAGAUCGCAAAGACGCACAUUAUUGAUGACGAUCACGAAGUUAUGUCGAGAAACAUCAAAGAGAAAGAAGCGAAACUGAAAAAGAUGGGAGGAGCGGAAGAAGUGUUGUUCUCAUUUGGUAAAAGCUACAACCACUUGCCGCACUGCACAGGGGAAGCACAGUAUUGCUUGAUAAAGAAAGAUGAUAAACGAUGUUCCUUGUUUGAAAGCAGUAGAAACGCUCGGAGCUGUGAGGACAUUGACAUAAAGAAAACAGAAAAACGAAGAAAAUCGAUCGAGUUUACAACUUUGUUGAAUGAGGAGAUGACAACUGGUCGCUUAAACAAAAGGACUGCCUACUUGAAUAUUGCAACAAUGAAGAAAGGAGAUGUUUUUAACCUUUACGAAGUGCUUCAUCAGACAGGUAGACAACUCAUCUUGGUUAGUAACAACGCAAAGAUUUUACAAGUUAAGAAACAGACCUUCUUCAAACACGCUACGAAGAAAUCUCUAGUAAUUGCAAACGUGAUGGCAAUGGAAAACAAUUAUCCAGAUGACGAUGCGUUGUAUUACACAUUUCGACAGAAAUGUUUGUGGGAAGAAGUGAAGACAAGUGUUUUGCAGCAAACUAUGGACAAGAUAAACGUCACUCAUGUUGAAAGAGAUCAGGAACCUUCUAAAAAAGUGUUCACGGCGAAACAGCGGGCAAAAAGUGCUCGUCAGGUUUCCCGAAAAUUUUUGUAAUUUGUAAUUUUGUAAUAGUUGGAAUUGUGAAAAAAUUUGUUAUGCACGUAUCUUUGACUUACGCCUUAUAUAGACAUCAUACUUUACUGG